AUGUUCUCAAAUAAACCGGUCGGGUACGCCGCACUUUUGUGUCUGGUGUUCUUAUUAGACAAUGAGUUGGCACGGCAGGUCGUUCUGUGCGCCUGUCCAGCCCCGUGCACGUGCACACCGUCAAGCAAUGGUCAAGUGGUUGUCUGUGGAACAGGUUUGAGCUCAUUUCCCUCAAAUCUCCCGAGUGAUACACAAAGUCUCUCGAUUCUGCCGUCUGCACCUGGGCAAACGGCAAAUAUAAUAUCAACUGUAUCGCCAAGUGACUUCCGGUCCCUUCUGAAGUUGGUGAGGUUGCGAAUUCGCCGGGCAGGGUUACACACUAUUCAAGCUGCAACUUUCUCUAAAUUGACCAAACUUUUGUCCCUGGAUCUUUCUAGCAACCAGCUGAGGCAUAUAUCAAGGACAGCCUUUGUUGGUAUCCCACAACUCCAACUACUUGACCUAACAGGUAACACGGGAUGCAAACUUGACCAGGACACAUUUGACGAUCUCCAGAGCCUCACAGUUCUUCGUAUAGGCCGCAUCGGUUUGAGGACUUUCGGGAAUAAACUUUCAAAGUUGCAAAAUUUACAAGACUUGGACCUACAUGGUAAUAACUUAUUUAGAUUGGAGGCAAAGUUCCUCGCUUCUUUGUCAAAUCUGAAACAUUUAGACGUGACACACAAUGACCUUCGAGGGAUAGAAGAAAGUCUAAAACCUCAGUUCAUGGCUCUGAAAUCUUUAAAACUAGAUUCGAACCCUUGGAGAUGCAACUGCGCCCUCUCGUGGGUGAAAUAUUUACCAAUCAAAUUCCUGUUUCCCACUCACUACGGCGGAGGGUCUGUAGUCUGUGAUGAGCCAAAAAAUGUACAGAGCAAAGAUUUGAUAAAUGUGCCCGAUUCCGAUUUGCAGUGCGUACCCGCGAGAGUCAUCUCGUGCUCGAGCUCCUUCAGCGUCAAAGAGAGCGGAGCAUUCACUCUGUCUUGUACGGUGGAGGGCGAUCCUUUCCCCGACGUCACGUGGGUAUCUCCAAGAGGAGUCAACGUCAGCCGUAUCGUCAUGUUCGGUGUACAGAACACUACUAGUCUAAUAGUUCAGUCAUCGCAGUUUUCUGAACACCACGGUACGUGGAAGAUUAUAGCUGAGAGCUACAAAACGGAGGACACGAAGACAAUUCAGGUGGAUGUAAUCACUACUACGACAUCAGUAACAACGACAACGACGACAACAACAACAACAACAACAACAACAAGAGCUCCAACAGCCUCAACUGGAACCGUUAACAGCAGUCUGAAACCGACAGUGCCCCACUCCGGAUCAGUCACCCCCUCUCAAGGACCGUUACCAAACUCCGGACAAAGUACUAAAAACGUUGGAGGCAGAUCCACAGCGGCCACUGGAAACGCAGGACCUUCACAAGGCCAGCUAAAGCAAACGACACCUCAUACAGGUCAAGGUCACAAGCCUACAUCACGUCGGCCAGGAAGUGCAGCCAAACAGUCCCGUCAGCCACGUCCUGUAGCCUCGUCCAAAGACUCCACCGUCAACAUCGCUAUUGCUGUGGCGGCCGUCGUCAUGUCCGCUGUGCUGUGCUGUAUCGGAGUCGCCGUCUUGUGCGUCGCUGUGGCCCGGUCCAGAGAGAAAGCGCGGGUGGGCAUCCAGUCUGAUGACAGGACAGGCGCUCUCGGAGGGGGUAAGCUUGAAACAGUUUUUAUUUUGACGACUUCAGAGAAUGGAUCAACCAAUGUUCAGCAGUGGACACACUGA